AUGGGGCCCUCUGCAUCUGAGACGAAGAGGCCGCGCAGGCAGAAGCUUAUCGAGAUCCCGAGCGACCAUGAGGGCGACGCCGCGGCCAGCGACCAGCAGGACAGCGACGAGGAUUCUGAGGAGAAGGAUCAGGUCAUCUGCACCAUCUGCGACAAGCCGAUCAGGACCGACGAGCGGAGGUUCAGGACCUGCAGGAUGCACUACAAGCGCGGCCUCGCCGCGAGGUCGGCCCAGGGCGUCGCCUCGCGGAGCUCCAAGGUUCAGAAGAGCAUGAGCAAAAUGAAGGAGAAGGACCCCGCCAAGUACAAGGCGAUGGCGCUAUCCAUGGUCGCCUCAGGUCGCCGUUCCGCGGCGAAGGUGGCCAAGUUCAAGUCUGCCAUUGUGAGCGUGACUCGCAGCGACAGCACGUUCAAGAAGGCAGGGCGCGUGUUUUGCAACAAGCUGCAGCACGUCGCCCGCCAGCGCUACGUGAACGGCCUUACUAAGAAGCGCGCUCUCAAGAUGUGGGCGAAAGACUUGGCAGACAAGGGCGUGUUCAAGCACAAGGUGGGCGACCAGAUCCCCAUUGCCGCGCCGAAGCAGGCCGAGGAUUGCACCCCUGGCGGGCUGCAGAAGCUGAUGCACGACGCGACCACGGCAGGGCAUCGCGGGGUGGCGGGCUUCGACGACGAGGAUGGCGGCAUCGACAGCGACGAGAUCGGCGACUCUGCGGGUCGGUCGCUUCUCAAGGUGGCGGAGGCGGGGGCGGAGGCGGUGCUCAAGACGCCGACGAAGCCCCCCAGUCGUCCAGACGGGAGUCGCGGCAAGAAGGGUCGGGGCAGCGCCAGCGCUGCCAGCGUGGCCCUGAGUGAGCGGCCCUCUCGUCGGAUCCGCGGCAAGACGGCUACCGACGGGGGCGGGGGCGCUCAAGAUGGAGACGAGGCCGCCACCUUGACGCAGAUUCAGGAGUGCGACGAGGGCGACCCGUACCUGCAGCUCAGCGGCAUCGACGUCAAGGGCGCCUGCAAGCCCACGGUCUUCAUUAGGUACAAGCGCCUCCUCGCCGCCGUGCUUGAAGGCCAUCUCGAGCAGUUCCUGUUGGGCGCGAACGACGAGGGCGCCAUCGAGGCAAUGACGUCCCUCUUCGGCCCGCUGGGCGACGACUCGGAGGUCCAGUGCCUUGGUAUCCCUGAGGUCCUGAACAAGGCGAAGGGCGUCAUGGGGCAGAUGAAAACCGCGCUUGACGACGUGACGGCGUGGAAGUUGCCUUGCGACAUCCCUGGCAAGAGGGCGGCUGUUGAGAAAACGAUCGCGCGUUUCGAUGCCACUUUCUCCGAGAUGAAGGACUACUGCACUGCGCUCCAGGGGGCAUUGGCCGAGCAGGCCAAGCGCGACAAGAAAGCAAAGCGGGGGGAGAAGGGGAAGAAGGACAAGAUGGCGAAGGCUUACGAAGACCACGGGACCUUCAGAUGCAUCGCCGCUUUGGUCCCAGCUAUGAUAUACACGGAGAAGAGCGCGGGCGACGACGGCAAGCCCGAUGCGUCUGUCGGCGAGCCUGGCGCCAGCACCCCGUGCCAGCCCUUCGAGUUCGAGUGCAUUACCGACGGCGGCAAGAUCGACAUGGACAGCUUCACGAAAGCGAGGUCGUUCUGGUUGAAGGAUUGCUCGCAUUGGCACAGCGAGCUGCGGUCGCACGCCGAGAAGAAUGAGAAGCUCAUCAAAGAGAAGAAGGAGAGGCUCCUGCCCCAGUUCGCCGACUGCAAGGGGACCCACGUGAGCAUCGUGCUGACCAAGGGUGACCAAUACGAAAAGUUCAACUUCAACCCGAAGGACAAAGAGGUGUUCACGGUUGACCCUGUUCCGCCUUCAAACUUGGUGCUGCAGCGGACAAUGGUGACCGACGUUUCGUCGCAGGUCUUCCCCUUGCGCGGGGCCCCGCACUUCAUCACGGUGAUCGAGGGCCUCAUCAUGUUCGUCAUCGUGUCCAGCGAGGCAGUCGGCCAGAACAUCGUGAAGUACCUCGAGAAUGGGAACGGCAAGAGCUUGCUGAAGGCACCGUGCUUUCUGCUGAAGCAGGGCCAGUCGGUGUGGGUGCCGUUCGGGAACGCCCCCCUCGUGGUCGGGAUUGAGCCCGAGGGUCUGCGGGGCCGUGCUCUCGCAACCAGGGAUAGCAGCAUAUUCGAGCCUGGCUACAAGUUUGCCAGCAAGGGGAGCAACGGCAAGGAGAAGGGCGGCCCGUCCAUCGUCUCCUACAUCCAGACGUUUGUUCUGGACGCCAACCUGAAGGGGAACGACAGCGACGUCCGCGCUGACGCGGCAGCCUCAGUCACGCGCGGCAUGCCGUCGCUGCCGAAGGUGCUGAACAGCAGCCUCGAGAAGAUCAAGGAGUGGACGGCGGCCAUUCUCUAG